UACCCAUCCUGUCCUAGCGGCGAGCAGCGCAGCUCACUGCAACACACAGCCUGGCAGGCAGCAGAGGCACGAGAGUACAUUCACGCGAGAAGUGGGUGCACACAGGCGAGCAGGGAGGCAUGGGGGCGAAGGGCCAGGCUGCAGCUGUUGUAUGGCCUUGU